UACUAACUAAUUUAUACUUGCAGGCAUUACAUGGCCUCAUAGAAUGAUCCAGAAUCAUAAUCUAAAACAAAUUUUAGGUGGAGGAAAGCUAGACACUUACAAAGAAAAAGUGAAAUAUCAUCAGAUUGUCGACUUAGAUCAAUUAAAUGAAAAAGAGUUCGACCUAUGCCUGAAAGAAGUUCUAGUCACACGCUCUCUUGGCUGUAAAAAUUUGGCUCAAUUUCAUGAGAUUGCUUUGAGAGAUAUGACUCUUUGUUCUCGCUUUGGAUCCUCUAGUUUUGCGAACGGCACAUGCAGAGAUGUGAUUGAAGGAAACUAUAAACUUAGCGAAAGUGUUUUAUAUUUCGUGUUAGAUGGAAUCCUCAAUGCAUUGCAUUAUCUUCACUCUCACCAAAUAAUCCACAGGGCAAUCCAGGGAGAUAACAUCUUGUUAGGUAACCCCGUCCUUCUGAAGGGACUUCAGUACUCUGCACACCUCAACAACCACUCUAAAUGUCACACCUUACCUCCCGGUUUGGAAAGCAGAUUACCCUGGUCUUCUCCUGAAAUGAUCAGACAGGACCGUGGUGGUUACAAUCACAAAACAGAUUUGUACAGUGUUGGAAUCACAAUUCUGGAGUUGUUAGCCGGAUAUGCCCCUUUUGAAGGGUUCCCUAAUACAAAGAUAUAUUUGAUGAAACUGUCCUCUCAAACCAUGCUUCCCUUCAGCCGCGGAUCUGGGCCUAGUUCUAUCUCAAAACGUCUAGUCAGGGUUAUAGACAAGUGUGUGCAGUACGAGCCUGAAGAUCGUUACGACGCACAUUCCCUUCUCAAAUCCUCUUUCUUUUCUAAAAUGAAGAGCAAAUCUUCGGACUUUAACCUUGAACUUUUUGACAAAUACACUCAAAAUAGGAAAUCUGACGAAAAACUUAAUAAACAUAGCAAUCACCUGUUAGAUAAAAGUGAUAUCAAUAACUUAUCUUGCGAUUGGUUAUUUUAGAUAAUUUUAGAUUUAAGUUAUGUAACGUGUUUAUUGUAAAUAUUUCCUUGUACAUGCCACACUUUGUAGCCUGGAGUUCAUUGACUUGUUUCUUUAGAAACUUAUAAAGGUGAUCAGGGUAGGAUAUUUAAUCAAUUAUUUUUUGUUUUAUAUAUUCACAGUUGAUUUGGCAGUGUUAGAUUUGUUUUUACUAAUAAUUGUCCAUUCAAAAAUCGA